CAGCAGCCGGCGCGCCUGCCAAUCGGCGGAGAGCGACGCGCGUCCUUGCGGAAGUGACGGCGGUCGCGGGUCCGGCGGGGGCGGCGGGGACGAUGUGAGGGGACCGAGACGGUGGUAACCGUUGUGUGAAGAUGGAGUUUCCCGGAGGAAAUGACAAUUACCUGACGAUCACAGGGCCCUCGCACCCCUUCCUGUCAGGGGCCGAGGCCCAGGAAUUUAACAGAGAAGGAAAAGAAAGCUGAGUGAGAAGACAUUCCAUACACCAAGCCUGGGUGAUGAGGAAUUUGAAAUCCCACCUAUCUCCUUGGAUUCUGAUCCGUCACUGGCUGUCUCAGAUGUGGUUGGCCACUUUGAUGACCUGGCAGACCCAUCCUCCUCUCAGGAUGGCAGCUUUUCAGCCCAAUAUGGGGUCCAGACAUUGGACAUGCCUGUGGGCAUGACCCAUGGCUUGAUGGAGCAGGGCGGGGGGCUCCUGAGUGGGGGCUUGACCAUGGACUUGGACCAUUCUAUAGGAACUCAGUAUAGCGCCAACCCACCUGUUACAAUUGAUGUACCAAUGGCAGACAUGACGUCUGGCUUGAUGGGGCAUAACCAGUUGACCACCAUUGAUCAGUCAGAACUGAGUUCUCAACUUGGUUUGAGCUUAGGGGGUGGUACCAUUCUGCCACCUGCCCAGUCACCUGAGGAUCGUCUUUCAACCACCCCUUCACCUACUAAUUCACUUCAUGAGGAUGGUGUUGAGGAUUUCCGGAGGCAACUUCCCAGCCAGAAGACAGUUGUUGUGGAAGCAGGAAAAAAGCAGAAGACCCCAAAGAAGAGAAAAAAGAAAGAUCCUAAUGAACCUCAGAAACCAGUUUCAGCAUAUGCCUUAUUCUUUCGUGAUACACAGGCUGCCAUCAAGGGACAGAAUCCCAAUGCUACUUUUGGAGAAGUUUCAAAAAUUGUGGCCUCCAUGUGGGACAGUCUUGGAGAGGAGCAAAAACAGGUAUAUAAGAGGAAAACUGAGGCUGCCAAGAAAGAGUAUCUGAAAGCUCUGGCUGCUUAUAAAGACAAUCAAGAGUGUCAGGCCACUGUGGAAACAGUGGAGCUGGAUCCAGUGCCACCAUCACAGACUCCUUCUCCACCUCCUGUUGCUACUGUUGACCCAGCAUCUCCAGCACCAGCCUCAACAGAGCCCCCUGCUCUGUCUCCUUCCAUUGUUGUUAACUCCACUCUUUCAUCCUAUGUGGCCAAUCAGGCAUCUUCUGGGGCUGGGGGUCAGCCUAAUAUCACCAAGUUGAUUAUUACCAAACAGAUGUUGCCUUCAUCUAUUACCAUGUCUCAAGGAGGGAUGGUUACUGUUAUCCCAGCCACAGUGGUGACCUCCCGGGGGAUCCAACUAGGCCAGACCAGCACAGCUACUAUACAGCCCAGUCAACAAGCCCAGAUUGUUACUCGGUCAGUGUUGCAGGCAGCAGCAGCAGCUGCUGCUUCUAUGCAGCUGCCUCCACCCCGACUACAACCUCCUCCAUUGCAACAGAUGCCUCAGCCCCCCACUCAGCAAGUGACCAUCCUGCAGCAGCCUCCCCCACUCCAGGCCAUGCAACAGCCUCCACCUCAGAAAGCUCGAAUCAAUUUACAGCAACAGCCACCUCCUCUGCAGAUCAAGAUUGUGCCUGGACCCACUCUGAAAAUGCAGACCACCUUAGUCCCGCCAGCUGUGGAAAGUAGUCCUGAGCGGCCUAUGAACACCAGCCCUGAGGCCCAUACAGUGGAGGAGACCUCUACUGAUACAAUCUGUGAGAUGAUCACAGAUGUGGUUCCUGAGGUUGAGUCUCCUUCUCAAAUGGAUGUUGAAUUGGUGAGUGGGUCUCCAGUGACAAUCUCACCACAGCCUCGCUGUGUGAGGUCUGGUUGUGAGAACCCUCCCGUUGCGAGUAAGGACUGGGACAAUGAAUACUGCAGCAAUGAAUGUGUGGUGAAGCACUGCAGGGAUGUCUUCUUGGCCUGGUUAGCCUCUAGAAAUUCGAACACAGUGGUGUUUGUAAAAUAGUCCUUCCUGUUCUCCAAGCCAGUGAAGAUUUAUCUGCCAGGAACAUGUCCAAGACCCUGCUUUGAAAACUCAAGCCGGGCUUCUCAUAGUACCUGAACUGAGCCCAUGAUGGUCCCUUCAUGCUUCUCCCCUUUCCUCUCUUCAGCAAGGGGCCAGGCUAUGGAGCAGGGUCAUUGAGUUUGCUGUAAUCUGGGGUUGCUCUUUACUUUCAAGUACAAGCAGAGAUGCCAGUGAUAAUAGCAGAGGAAAGGGUGAAGGGGAUAUGGACAAGCAGAACAUAGGGGUGGUGGGAAGGGGGGUGGUUUGAAGAAACUUGUUAGUAUAAUUGUCAUAGGACUUGCCUAAAAGAGUAAAAUUAUGAGUACAUAUCAGCUUUGAGCCUACCACUGUGUGCACCAUUUUAAAAGUAAUUAAAGGUUGAAUUAAAGGAUACCUUUUAAACAGAGAGCUAGUAAUAUCACAUCUAUACAUUGCUUUGAGAACAAAGGUUUUUCAAUACAGUAGGCACACUGGGCUAUAGGGAAAAUAACAUCAUUUAGGAUUUUCUUAUUUAUUCUUCUUUACAAAUAUUAUUUUUAUAGUCAUUGUCUUUCCUUACCUCAGCUAUCACAGUAUCUGAGUGUGAAAGGCAGAAUUCUACAUGUUUAACAAGCGGUUUCACCGAAGUCUACAGUUGUAUUCAGUUGUGUUUGAUAAGCUAUCUUUUAAAAAAUAUGCCAGAAGUGGUUUCACUUACAUAAUUUAUAUAAGCCUAUUCUCUGCACACCCUAAGCAUUUAAAUUUAAUCUAAAAUGCACUUAUUUCACUUUUCUUGAAAAUUUAAGCGAAAGAAUAGACUACCAAGCCACAUAGUUGUAACAGAAUCAGCAAAUAUUUAGAGCAUAUAGCCCUAGUGAUAACCUUAAGGGAAACUCAAAUCUUACCUUGAGAAAUGCUGUCCCAGAGCCCCUUUUUUAUUAUCCUGUUCAUGUAGUACUAAUUACUAAUCACUUCCAUCCUAUACUGUAUAAUCAACAUUUUAAUGCUUUCCAUGCAUUCAUUUAGUUUGAACCCUUACCACAACCCAAUGAAGUAGGUAAUAUUUCCAGUUUACAUGAUCAGGAAUCAUACUGAGGGAUGAGUUACAUGAGUUCACACACUGUUUAGUGGCAAAGCCAAAAUCUGACCUCAGAAUCCCUACUGAGAUACAAACUUUUAUUUAAAUAAUAAAAAAAGUUAUGGUACAAAUAUUACUCUUUAGAUGCAGCCUGCAGAGCCAUAUCUAUGGAUGCUUAGUUCUGUGAGGAAGUGCUUCUAUAGAUUUUUAGGUUUAGAGAUGAUACCAUCUGGAUACCGUUGCUUGAACCGGGCAACCACAUCUGGAUCUAGUAGGUGGAUCCCAUCCAGUUGGUUUCCAAGGGUGAUCCUGAAGCAAGGGGAAAGAUGGGGCAAACCAAAAUUCCUGGAAUUAAAAGGCUUAAUAUUGUUAAAAUACUAAUACCUUUUAUUAAGACUGCCUAUCAUCUCAUCAAAUACUCUUUUUAAAAGACCUUAAUAGAAUAGUAUGUGGAAGCAUGACUGAUUAGGAAUGGGAAGAAUCUGGUGGUAAAAUAGGCAGGAUCUGUGUUACUUAAGGGUUAAUAACUGAUGGCUAACCAGGCCUACUUUUCAAAGCUGUUGCUGCCAGUGAGUAUUCCUUGGAUAAGUACAAUGCUAGCAGCAUGUCUCUUAUUUACUUUUUUAAAAUUUAUUUUUUUAAUUGAAUUUACUUAAAACCUGUAUGGUUUUAUGAACCAAUGUCACCCAAAUAAAUUCAAUUUAAAAAUA